AUGGUUCACGCCGUCGACUCGAUGCCCACGGCUACCCUCGCCACCGGGAACCGUCCCCGGAAGGGCACCUUUCAAGACAUCCCCGUCUCGUCCACCUCCCACCCCGACAACCCCAUUCCCGAAGAGCCCCGCGGUGUCGAGGCCCUCUCCAUCACCGACCUCACCUUCAAUGGCUCGCCCGCCUCCCAAGAGACCCAGUCGAGCGCCGCCAACUCCCCCGCCACCCCCCUCACGCCGCCCGACUCCCAAAAUUCCGACGAGGAUGCCGCAAAGCCCACCGGUCGCCCCCGUCGGGCCUCGACCAUCCUGAUCUCGCAGAACUCCGAGGACAUGCGCCGCGUGCUGGAGAAUGUCGGCACCGGAGGCACCCAGAAAAUCCAGUCGAUGUGCUGUGGUGGGGGUUGCUGCCGCGGCCGGCCCCUCCAGCCAUUGGACGGUCCCAUCUCCGGCUUCAACUCCAUCACCGCACCUGAUAACGAGGCCUUUGAGUCGUUGGGCCUCAACGUGGACCUCCUGACCCUCGACAGCUAUCUCUCCAAUAUCGCCCCGCUGCCAGAGAAGACCGUGUCGUUCUCCGCGCCCCCCGCACACACGGCCAAUGUGCCCCUCGGCCCGUCGGAUCACCCUCCGCGCUUUGUGCAACCGCACCCGCCGUAUGAGGUGUACCGGGCGCCUCUCCACCAUGCCCGGGAACUGACCAAGAACGGCGCGGAGAAGCGCACCUAUCACUUCGACAUUGAUGUCACCGAUUACCCCGCCGAGAGCGGCAUGGUAGAUUUCGUCGUGGGCGGGGCAAUCGGCGUCUGCCCGAAAAACAAGGAAGAGGAAGUCGAGGACAUCCUGAAUCUGCUGGGCGUGCCCAAGUCCAUGCGCGAUAAGAAAGUCCUCAUGCGCACCACCAACGGCCGCUGGCCCACCAUCUGGGGCGAUGAUAAGCCCCGCGAACUCAUCACCUCCCGCCGCGAGGUCCUGAGCUGGUGCUCCGAUAUCCAGAGUUAUGCGCCCACCAAGGCCCUCUUCCGGACUCUGGCUGAGUACACAUACGAAGAAAGCGAAAAGAAGAUCCUGGAGUAUCUUUCCUCGGCCCAGGGCCAGGGUGCCUUUUGUGAACUCCGCACCAGCGCCCACAUCAGUUUGUCCCAACUGCUCCACGCUUUCCCCUCUGCCCAACCCCCACUUGACCACCUCCUCUCCGUGCUGAACACGUUGAUGCCCCGCUUUUAUUCUUUGUCUCAAGACCCCAUGAUCUCCUGCCAGUUCAAGGGCACCGAAUGCCGUCGUCUGGUCGAAGUUGCUGUCACCGUCGCCGAGUCGGAUGACUGGCGUGGUGGUUUGCGGACCGGUGUUGGUUCCGGCUACCUGGAGCGAGUGGCCCGCCGGGCCAUUGAGGCCGAAGCCCGGGGCGAGAAGCUCGAUGUGCACAUCCCCAUGUUCCGCGGUCUGAUGGCUAACCCGCUUGCCAAGCGAUUUGCCUCGGACGGACCCAUGCUCCUGAUCGGUGCCGGUGUCGGUAUCGCGCCCUUCCGCGGCUUCGUGCAGCGACGUCUGCAGUCUGCCAACUGUGCCAACAAGGUCUGGGUGCUGCAGGGUGUGCGCGACUCGCUCUUGGACGAGCUGUACAGCGGCGAGUGGGGCGUACACGAAGACAAGGUUCGUACUGUGGUGCAGAGCCGCAAGGGCGAGAGCCGUUACGUGCAGGAGGAGGUGCGUCACCAGGCCGAUCUGGUCUGGUAUGUCAUCAAUGCCCUCGACGGUCGUGUCUUUGUCUGCGGAAGCGGCAAGGGCAUGGGCGAGGGUGUGGAGGCUGCUCUGGUCGAAGUUGCCAUGGCCAAGGGUAACCUCAACUCGGAAGAAGCUAGCCUCUUCUGGCAGCGCAAGAAGGAGGCUGGACAGUACAUUGCUGAAACUUGGUAA